AUGGCGGCCACAGAGCAGCGGGGGCACGCGGUGCAGAUGUCCACCCAGGGACCCCGGCCUGGGGCGGCCCUAGAUGGAGCGGAAGGAGCCGGGGGACUGCCCUCUGGACGGGGCGGCGGGGCGGCCAUCCGGCUCGGGGAACGCCCGCAGGCCGCUAUGGAGAAGCGGGGACCCUACAUGGUGACGCGCGCACCUUCCAUUCAGGCUAAGCUUCAGAAGCACCGGGACCUGGCCAAGGCCGUUCUACGGAGAAAGGGCAUGCUGGGGGCCUUGCCGAACCGCUCCGAUUCUUCAGGGAAAAGGUCAGUGAAGUUUAACAAGGGCUAUACUGCUCUUAGCCAGAGUCCAGAGGAAACCCUGGUGUCCCUUGACUCUGACAGUGAUGGGGAGCUGGAAUCCAGAUACUCCUCCGGGUAUUCCUCUGCAGAGCAGGUGAACCAGGAUGUGAGCCGGCAGCUGCUACAGGAUGGCUAUCACCUGGAUGAGAUUCCAGAUGAUGAGGACCUGGACCUCAUUCCCCCUAAGCCUAUUGCCUCUUCCACAUGCUCCUGCUGCUGGUGCUGUCUUGGGGAUUCUUCCUGCACCCUCCAGUAGUCAUAACCUUCCAGGAUGCACCCUGCUCGUCAUGAGGUCUACAGAGCCCCGAUGGCCCUUCAUGGCUCAGUGCACUGGCCACUGCUGCCAGCUUAGAGUCACUGGGGGCCCUGACCUACAGGCAGCCCUCACCUGGUGCUUCCCUGUCAGAAGCCUAUCUGGGUCACAGGAGAAUGGUGAAAGUCAGCAGUGCUCUGUUGCGACAGUUUCAGGAAACCACUUGUGAAUAAGGGCAGGAGUAAAGACUCUGUGGUUCUUAUGCUGCUGACAAGGGUUGCUAAGAAAACCAUUUGCAGACAUUCUGACUGCUGUUUGUUGAGGCACUCUAAGGAAGGGGAAAGAAAGCUCCUUUGCCUAGGCAGUGCUGGGUGGUGUGGUAG